AUGUUCCACGAGCUCUCGAGAUGUGGGCCGGCUCCUAAUGUCGCGGUUAAAAUCGAUAUGGCCAAGGCCUAUGACCGGGUCCAAUGGACAUUCCUCCUGAAAGUGUUACACCGGAUGGGUUUCCCGGCCCCGUGGGUCUCCCUGAUUGAGAGAUGUGUGGGAUCCUGCUGGUUCUCGGUGCUGGUCAAUGGUGCCCCCUCCGGUUUCUUUAAGUCCACCCGAGGCCUCAGACAGGGAGAUCCAAUUUCUCCGACCCUUUUUGUGAUUGCAGCUGACUACCUCUCAAGGGAACUAGACAUGCUCAUUUUGAGAAAGAAAGAGAUGAUUUUCAGAGCCUCUCGCCACUGCAUGGAAAUAAGCCACCUUGCCUACGCCGACGACAUUGUGAUUUUCACACAAGCAGCGGAGGGCCCUCUUAGGCGUUUGCGGACUUGCCUGGAGAAUUAUGCCAGGGUCUCCGGGCAGCAGAUCAACUUGGCAAAAAGCAACUUUUACAUUGCCGAACAACAUGAAGGAUGCGCCAUCACUAUUCAAAAUGAAGGAGGCUUCACACGAGAGAGAAAAAAGACGCAUUGGAUUGGGUGGGAUCAGAUCUGCCUCCCCACCUCUGAAGGGGGUCUCGGCAUCCGUAAGACCAAAGAAGUCCUCCGGGCCUUCAGUAUCAAACUUUGGUGGAGGUUCCGGGAGCAAAAUUCCCUUUGGGCUAGGUACAUGAAGGCCAAGUAUUGCCACAAAAACUCUCCCCUUGCGGCCUCUCCUUCGGGGAGAAACAGCCCGACAUGGAAGCGGCUAAUGAAAGUGAGAAAUCAAGCGAACCCGAAUAUUAGAUGGGUGAUCGGCCAGGGUGAUGCCUACUUUUGGGAUGACAUUUGGCUUGGGGAAUACCCCCUUCGCGAGCUCUGCCUUGACGAUAGAGGCACCCCUUCGACCAAGGUUUCGGAAUACAUUGGGGGUGAAACAUGGGAUGAGAUUAAGCUACGGCAACUUCACAACCAGGCUGGAAUGCCUCAAGAGAUUAUCACACAAAUCCUUGAUACCCCAAUAGUUGUGGGAGAACCGGAUGUCCCCCGAUGGAAACUUUCUCGGCUCGGGGAGUUCUCGCUCGCGACGACUUGGGAGACAAUACGCUCGCAAAGACCAAGCAUUCAAGGCCUCGAUGACAUAUGGAAGGCUGGACUUACAAAAUCUAUUGCGAUCUUCAAUUGGCGACUUUUGUCAAACAGGAUACCGGUUCACAUGUUCAUCUACAACAACAUGGCCAACGGACACAUCAAGCCGAAACAUUGGAAGGGAGUAAAAGUCGGAAUGAGCCUUCCGAACCACCCCGAGACAAGGGGGCCGAGACCGUUAGUUAUGACGGUUAAGUGGCAUCCCCCGGAACGCACAUGGAUCAAACUUAACACGGAUGGGGCGUUCUCUGAGGCAACAAACAUGGGCGGCGGAGGGGGUCUGGUUCGGGACCACAAUGGGAAGCUGCUUGUAGCUUUUGCAACCCCACUCGCCGCUCACUCCGCUCUUGGAGGUAGCAGAGGGGUUCAACCUACCCAUUUGGGUUGA